AUGGAUUCUUUUAAGAAGGCAAAUGAGCAGACUCUUGAAUUAUCAAGUGCGAAAAAGAGGUUAGCCGAGCUUAAAAAGGAAAAUUCCGAUCUUCUCGAUCAAAUUGAAGAUCUAGAAGAUCAAAUUGUCAAUCAAAAAUCGAAUAAUCAAUUUUUAAUGAACGAUUUAACAAUUUGCUCGUCAUCGGCCGACUCUAUUAGUGUUGCCCCACAAUUAUUAGAUCCAUCGAAAGACGAAGUUACAGAACUUUUACAAGAACAUCAAAUUCUUCUUAUGAACCGACAAAAAACUACAGCAGUUAAAGAACAAACCAUGGAUGAGAAUUAUAAGAAGAUUCUUCCUAACUUAGAGCAAGAUUAUUUGAAUUUAUUACAAGAAGAAGCAAUGUACAACAAGAAAUUAAACAACUCCUAUUAUAAAAGACAUGAAUGGAAUAUUCUACAAAAGACAACAUCAAAACACGUCGCAUUUCUUAACGAGCAACAGAAAGAUCGACAAAGAGAAAAUGUACAGAUGAAUCAGCUUCUAACUAAGGCCAAAAAGGCAUAUGAUGAAUUACUUAACCGAAAAGAUGUCAUUUUGGAUGAUCAAAGGAACCAAUUAGCAAAAACCAUUCGUGCAAAGCAAAACCAAAUUACACAGCUCGAAGGAAAGAUCGCAUCAGUCCUUAAGAGUAUUUUCCUGAUCAAGCAGAACACAGACAGAGCUGAAAGCCAAAAAAGAUUUAAUGAUCUUGACGAAAAACGAAAAGCUGAUUGGUCUGCAGAGAAGCAGAACCUCCAGUCGCAAUUAUCAGAAGCAAAGAAGAGGUUAGCAGAUGUCAGAAAAGAACAUAUGACAAGAACAAAAGGAAAUAUGGAACAAAUUAAGGAACUUAACGAUACUCUUUCGAAAUCAGACCAAGAUACUUACGGAUACAUCCUUCGCUGCUAUUCUGGCAAGGAAAUCGAUCCAAGUGUCGUAAAUGACCAAUCAAUCUCAAAAAUGUGGGAACAAAUCAACCAACCGAGACAGGAAUUGGCAAUUCUUAUGAAAGAAAAUGCUCAAAAGGAAAGGAAAUUAGCAAAAAUGAGAAAAUCUCUGAAUGUUCAAAUUCAACAAUUCAGAGAAACAGAAUUACGUAAUGCAAAAGAGGCUGCAGAGUCUGAAGAGCAAUUUAACAAACUCGAAGCCAAACUUUUGCAAAAAAUUAAAGCAACAAAGAUAAUGAUUGCUCAAAACAAGUUUAAAAGCGGAAAAGUUUAA